AUCCGUUCCCACCAUCAGCCCAUCAUCAACAGAUGCUGAAAGCUGCAACUUGAAGAGCGGAACGAUCUCGGUAGAUAUUAUCGAGGAGAAGAAGAAAGAACGUUGAAUCCGGGCCGACUGCUUCCCUGUCAUCCAAAGAAUAACAAAAUUACAAUGCCACCCAAGGCCAAGAAGAAGGGCAAGUCGAAACCCGUCAUCGAACCCGUUUACGCACCUAUCUUUGCCGACAUUGACGAUGUAGAAGGGACACCGUAUACUCUGCCCCCAGCUAAUCAGUCGGAACAACUACUGCCGAAUGAGAUCAUGAGCCACAUCUACUCUUUCGCUAGCAAGGGGACCCUGGGGAGAUGCAUGGAAACAAGCCAAGUGCACUUCGAAUUAGCCGUCAAGCGUCUAUACAGGAAGAUCAAGUCGUACGACAUGAUCUAUGAACCGGGACCACAGGGUGGUGGAUGGAGAUCCCUCAGCAACCCGUUGUUCCAGAUGCAAACCAAAUUUCGAGGGUGUCCCGGUGCUGCUAUCCGUCGGGAUUCCUAUCGGCGAGCAGUCCGUUCCCUAAUGUUCAACAGGGAUGAGGAUUUCGGCUUUGCUGGUCAGCCUGCCUUCGAUCUUUUACGGGAGCGAUUUCCGGCCCUCUCAAAAUUAGAGUGGACCGAAGGCUUGAAUGACUACUCUGUCCGAACGGAAGAUCAAGGGUCAUGGUCGAAUCUCCGACUCAUUCUUUCCGGGCCAGAUGAGUUUUCGUACAACAAUGGUCCUUCCGUCGUAGGGAGACUGACUGCCACUUUGGGAAUCCCGCUGUCGAGAUUGGACUAUAACGAUCCUAUCCAGGGCUAUGAGGCACUGGACGACUUCAUCUUCAAAUUGGCGAAGCAUUGCCAAGAAUUACGGAUUUUAUCGAUAUCCCCGGACGAAAAAACGGGAGAACCUCCUAUCGAGUGGUACCGAGACCUUUUCCCAAAAACACUGGAGGAACUAGAUCUUCCAGACGCGUUGCCGUACAACGUCGAGGCCGUGCUUUCCUGGGAUCUACCUCACCUGCGAGAAUUGACCUUCGAGCUGAGACCUAGUUCUAUGGAGGACCUCGACUGGCUGGAGCCGAAAGCAACUCGCAUACCGAACUGCACCAGUCUGCAAAGCGUUCGCUUCGAUGGCUUCGCUGAAUAUGACUUCGAUUUCGAUGAACCUCCUGAGGCCAUCGAUCCAUGCGAUAUGGCCUUAUGGCUUUCCAGGACGUUGCCUUCGCAAUGUAGACUCGCCGUGAGCAGGACCGCCAUCCCGAACGGGGAAGAAGGUUGGUCGCGCCAAGUAGAAGAACGGUAUCUCGAACAGCGUCAGCUCGAGCGGGAGGAAUCUCGAAGUACAGCUCGAUAGUCUGUCUCGAGCGGAGAUGUUGACGAGAUGUGGGCUUUAGAUGAACAGUAGAUUCUGGAUAAGACUGGCCAGCGUAUGUAGUAUCAGUGGAAUAUGCUUUGGGGCUUUGGCUCUGCGACGUUGUGUCUGUGUAUACACGUGUUUCACUUUGGAGCAAAAUACUUCCGAAUGAACGAACUACAAUAUGCUUCCGAGAUCUUAUUAGGGUCCUUUCAGCUGGCGAUGCAUGAUCACUC